GCGUAAGUGCCGAUACCCUGUUCCGGGGACGCGCCGUUUCCUUCGGGCUGGGUACUAGCGGCGACAUGACAGGGUACACGCCAGACGAGAAACUGCGGCUGCAGCAGCUGCGAGAACUGAGAAGGCGAUGGCUGAAGGACCAGGAGCUGAGCCCCAGGGAGCCGGUGCUGCCCCCUCAGAGGGUGUGGCCUUUGGAGAGAUUCUGGAAUAAAUUUCUGCAGGACCAGGCCCCCUGGAAGAACCUGAUCUAUAAGACAUAUCGACACAGUGUCCUUGUUGUUACUCAUGUACUUAUACCUGCGUGGAUUGUGCAUUAUUAUUUCAAAUAUCAUGUGAAUACAAAACCAUAUGCCAUUGUUGAAAGGAAGCCCAGAAUAUUCCCAGGUGAUACAAUUUUGGAGACUGGAGAAGUAAUUCCACCAAUGAAAAAAUUUCCUGAUCAACAUCAUUGAAGGUUAAUUUACAAUUUCUAAGGCAUAUGAGCCCAAGUUUUGUUGCUACAUUACCAUAUUUACUGAAUAUAUUUUCUGGAAAAGUAACUUUAAUAAAGUUUACUCUCAGAUA